GUCAAUCUUCACAUUUAUCAAUAGUUAUCCAUAACUGGAUUAUAUAUCUGCUAAAUAUGGUUAAACUUUCAAAAAAUUUACUUAAAAUGCAGUUUAUGAAACGGACGAAAGUUAAGGAAGAUGAGGCAACAAGACAAUUGUAUAUAACAAAGAGCAUUGAAGAUGAAAAAGAGUGCAAAGUUUUAUUUGAAUCUAGUCUAAUGAUCUGCUAUAAUUUCUCAUUAGGAAGACUAUCUUAUAAGGGCUUCAACCCUGAAAUUGAGAAAAGUAUGAAUCCUGUAAAGGAGGAGCCACCAAUUAUAGAUGAAACAAUAAGUGAAGAGACAAUGGCUCAUAGAUAUGCAACACUUGUUAAUAACAUAAGCAAUCGAUUCCUCCCUAAAAAGGAAAAGAGGAAAAUAAAAUCAGAAAAAAAUGCCAAAAGACGUCAACACCAAAAUCAUACAAGUGAUGUUUUAGAAGAAUAAAAGUAUAGAUUUAUCUUUCUAAAGGUUGGAAAAGCAAUUAUACUAUCCCCCACCCCCUCAAACAAAUAUCCAAUAUGACAAUAUAUUUAUUCUUAUAUAUAUACAUAUAUUAUAAUAUAAAAUUAUAUAUAAUAUAGAAUUUAUAAUGUUUUUUAUUAUGUGUGCACAAAUAGAAAAGAUUUAAUAUUUUAUAUUAAUUAUUUUUAUUUUAUAUAAUUAUCAAAAUAUAAGUUUGAUAUCUUUUCCUUUUUUGUAUUAUUUAUUUAAUUGUGUGAUAG